AACUCCCCGCAAAAACCCAAAUCUCAAACCAAUCUAACGCGCUUUCACUUCUCUUUUCCUCAUCCUUCUCUUCUUCUUCACUCCCCCCAAAAUCCUCACACUUUCUCUCUCCUAGGGUUUCCUUUCGUUUCAAUUUCCUCCGAAAUCUCCAACCUCCGCAUCAAUGGCGGAAGUCAUGAACAUGCCCGUCGAAUCUCUCGACAAUCGCCGCCGGAACAAAGACAAAUCCGACGAACCUUCCGGCGGCUCUCCUCCUCCUCCGCCACCUCCACCAAAUCGCCGCCGAGAACGCGAUUCACGAGAGAGAAGAGACGACAGAGAUUUUGACCGUCCUCCAAAUCGCUACUACGACCGCAACAAUCGCGGUGGUGGUGGUGGCGGAGGUGGAGGAGAUAGAGAUAGAGAUUACAACAAACGUAGUCGAGGAAUUAGCAAUAGUCCACCUCCUCCUCCGCCUCCGUACCGUGAUCAUCGGAGGAAUAAUAAUAAUUAUUCGCCUCCGCCUCGAAGAUCUUCUCCGCCUUAUCCUCCGUUUAAGCGUUCGAGGAGAGAUGAUGGAGGAUAUGAUGGUAGAAGAGGAAGCCCCCGUGGUGGUGGUGGAUACGGCCCUGGCGAUCGAAGGUUUGGUUAUGAUUACUCUGGGGGAUAUGACCGUGAAGUAGGCGGCAGGCAAGGUUAUGCUGAUGAUAGGCCUCAUGGUCGAUUUCGUUCUGGUGGCUUUCCUGGUGGCCCAUCUGAUUGGGAAGCCGGACGUGGUGGUUACGGCGAUUCAUCAAAUGCAGGGAAUGCUCAGAGGGAAGGUUUGAUGUCUUACAAGCAAUUCAUUCAGGAACUUGAAGAUGAUGUAUUACCAGCUGAAGCUGAGCGUAGGUAUCAGGAGUACAAGUCAGAGUACAUCUCAACUCAGAAACGUACAUACUUUGAGGCUCACAAAGAUGAAGAAUGGUUGAAGAACAAAUAUCACCCUACAAAUCUGUUGACUGUCAUAGAAAGGAGAAACGACCUUGCACGCAAAGUUGCAAAGGAUUUUUUGUUGGACUUGCACAGCGGAAGCCUUGAUAUGGGCCCUGGUGCAAAUGCUUUAUCCAUGAAUAAGGCAGGUCAGACAAGUGAACCUAACUCCGAUGAUGAGACGGAUGUUGGUGGUAAAAGGAGGCGGCAUGGUCGAGUUCAGGCAAAGGAAUCUGAUAUUUCAGCUGCCCCCAAGGCUCAUCCUGUUAGUUCCGAGCCAAGACGAAUCCAAAUCGAUAUUGAACUAGCUCAAGCACUUGUCACAAAACUUGACUCUGAAAAGGGAAUUGAGGACAAUAUCUUAUCUAAAGAUGAUACUGACAAAAUGAAUAGAGAGAGAUCACAUAGUGGAUCAAUUGGUCCAGUUAUCAUCAUUCGCGGAUUAACGUCUGUUAAGGGCCUUGAGGGAGUUGAGCUUCUGGAUACCUUUGCGACUUAUCUUUGGCGUGUUCAUGGUGUGGAUUACUAUGGCAUGACUGAAACAGCAGAGCCUAAAGGCCUCCGGCAUGUGAGAUCUGAGGGGAAAAAUUCUGAUGUUUCUACUAAUGCAGCAGAAUGGGAAGAGAAACUUGAUUCACGUUGGCAGGACAGGUUGCGUAGUCAGGAUCCACUUGAGGUCAUGACUGCGAAGGAGAAGAUAGAUGCUGCUGCAGUUGAAGCUUUGGAUCCCUUUGUAAGAAAAAUUAGGGAUGAAAAGUAUGGGUGGAAGUAUGGUUGUGGGGCCAAGGGUUGCACAAAGCUCUUUCAUGCUGCUGAGUAUGUCCACAAGCAUUUGAAACUCAAACAUCCAGAACACGUAAUGGAUCUUACAGUGAAAGUGCGCGAAGAUAUAUACUUCCAGAAUUAUAUGAGUGACCCGGAGGCCCCUGGUGGGCAACCUGUUAUGCAGCAGUUUGUACCAAAGGACAAGAUGCAGAGACGGAGACCAGGUGCAGACAACCGUUCGAAAGAUGAUCGAGGAAACCGCAGGGAACGAGACCGGAAUGGUGGUGAGAGAUUUGAAAGAUCAGAAAAUCCUCAGGCUGAUUUUCCACCUAAUAAUGACACCCAGGACAAAGGGAAUGCAGAUGAACCAAUUUUUGAUAAUUUUGGUGGACAAGGGAUGCAUGUAGCCCCAUUUGCCGCCGAUAUUGCACCCCCACCUGUAUUGAUGCCUGUUCCAGGUGCUGGUCCGCUGGGGCCUUUUGUGCCAGCCCCUCCUGAAGUUGCAAUGCGGAUGCUGCGUGAACAAGGCGGACCUCCUCCUUUUGAAGGGCCUGGAAGAAAUGGGAGGGGUGCACCUCCAAUUAUUUUACCGCCUUCAUUUCGGCAGGAUCCUAGACGUCUGCGAAGCUACCAAGAUUUGGAUGCGCCAGAAGAUGAAGUCACAGUGAUUGACUACCGGAGUUUGUGAGUUUUGGUGAUGUUGAUAGUUGUGCCAAUGCUCUGUGUGCUCAAUGCCUUAGUGACCUACUUUUGUCGGGUUCUGAGAAUCAAGAGCAAUCCGAUGCUUCUGCUGCGUCUUUAUAAUGAAUCUUUUAGCCGUUAUUCAAGAUGGAUUAACUUUAGGUCUUCUCAUGACUUGUUCCUGACUAUAUGAUAUGGGUGAGGGGUUUUCUCUGUAUGCGAUUUGUGUCAAAAUGUGGACUUAAACCAUCCAUUGAUAAUUUGUGUAAAUUGAGAUUACUGUAGUCAUUUUUUGGAGGCACUAUUUUUUUUUUUUAACUUUUGCAUCUUGUCUCAACUUUGGAAAGUGGUUCCAGAGAAGCUGGGACUCCUAGACUCUACUAGAUAAAUUAAACAGUAUUUUAGCUUCCAGUUGA